AAAAAAAUAUCAGUCGUCGACUUACAAUUUCCCUUCCCCUUAUUUUCCUCUGAACCGACGCAGGACAUCAAUACCUGUGAAUUUCCAGUAUUAAGUCCUUUACGUACUUGUAAAUCUAAUCUAAUUUGUUUGACAAAAAUGGAUGAACCCAGCGUAAUCCAACAAGAAAAACCCACGGACUGGAGCAAAUCAUACCAACAAUUCUCUGAUGCAAUCUCCUCUCAAUCCCUUCAACUCCAACUCAAAGCCCUCAUCAGCUUCAUCCACUUCUCUAAACGAGCCCCUGAGCCCAUCACCACCCAAACAAUCCCCAUCAUCAUCAACCUCCUCAACUCCGCCCCAAACCCCACAAUCCAAGAAGCAGUCCUCUGCUCAUUAUCAUCCCUUUGUCGAAGAGUCGAGACCCCAUUUACCGCAAUCAUUGGCCAAUUGGGCACAAUCCCAAUACUCCUGAGGCUGCUGCCUGAUUCGAGAUGUGGGCACAGAAGGUGUUUGCUGAAAUGCCUCAGAGACCUCGUGGCGUUCGAUAAUGCCAACAGAUUGAUUCUCGCGAGAAACGGAGGCUUGCGGUCGAUUGUGGACGCGAUUGUUGUGUGUAAUGACGAUACGAGGAAGUAUCUGUUGGAGAUUUUAACUGCACUGUCGAUGUUGAGAGAGGUGAGGCGAGUAAUUGUUGGUUAUAAUGGAUUAGGUUUCCUUGUUGAAGCUGCGUCUGAUGGUAAAAUGUUAUCGAGAACACGGGCAGCUCAGGCUAUUGGGUUGUUAGGGGUUUCUAGGAGAUUUAGACGCAUGCUUGUGGAUUUGGGAGCAGUACAGGCACUUGUUGGAUUACUUCGUGGCAGUGAUGAUUCAAGUAGAAUUGUUGCAGGCAAUGCCCUUGGUAUAGUUUCUUCAAACGUCAAUUGUUUAGGGAUGGUGGCUCAAGCGGGGGCGAUACCGUUAUAUAUAGAGUUGCUAAAGGGACAUGAUGCUCUUGGAAAAGAGAUUGCAGAGGAUGUGCUUUGCAUUUUGGCUGUGGCCGAGGAGAAUGACGUCUUGAUAAUGAAUCAUUUGGUGAGGAUUUUGAUGGGGAGUGAAGGACAAGAAGCAAAAGCUUCUGCAGUAGAUGUUAUUUGGAAUCUUUCGGGUUACCAGUAUUCUAUUCCUGUUGUACGAGAUUCUGGUGUAAUUCCUGUUUUAAUUGGGUUCUUGAGAGAGGGAAGUUUGGAUCUUAAAGAGAAGGCUUCAGCGGCAAUUGCACAGUUGAGUUAUGAAGAGAAGACUAGGAGAGCAAUGGCUGAAGAGGGUGUGAUUCCUGUCCUUAUUGAAUUGUUGAGAGAUGGUUCGGCGGAUUUAAGGGAAUAUGCAGCAGAGUCACUGAUCAAUUUUGCGGAGGAUUCACGGUAUAGAGAAGGGGUCUCUGUAGCUUUUGAGAUUCCAUCGUUCUUGUCUACGCGAGAGAGGCUGAAUAGAAUUCGUGAUUCAGAUCGAGGCAUGACGAUGUCUAUGAGAAUGCUCAGCAUAGAGCAACUCGCUUUGGACUUCGAUUCUGUAUAAUUAGGGAGGUACUGCACAUUUCAUUGUCCAGUUUUAAACAUCAUUUGCUUGGUGGUAAAAACUCUUCCUGUGAGUGAAGUGUCAUCUUCUAUGACUUUAUUUUGUUUAUAGUGCUAAAUGCUUGGCCCUUUGUGUAUGCUUAUUCUUCAUCAUCAUCCAUGGAUGUUGCACGUCAGAAUA